AUGCCGGGAAGUACGACUGAAGCCGCGCACGACGACAAAGAAGACACAUGCGUGAUAUGUCUUUCUUCAGUCACAGAACGGGCCAUUACCGUCCCAUGCAACCACUAUACGUUUGACUUUGUAUGUCUGGUGUCCUGGCUGCAGGAAAGGUCGACUUGUCCGCUAUGCAAAUCAAACGUCACUGCUGUCCAAUACGACUGGCGUUCUCCAUCCGACUACAAGAGCUACGCUGUCCCUGGUAGCCAUCCUUCAAGCGCCAGCGACGGGAAUCCCAGUCGCAGUGACCGACCAGGCUCUCUGUUCGCCCCUUAUGGACUACUAAGGCGGCCAAGAGGAACUCGGCGUCCGUACUCGCCACCCGUCGAAGACGCUGCUCUGCGCAGACGCAGGGGGGUGUACCGGCGGAAAUUAUAUUCGCUGCACGUGGGCAGCAAUCCCUUGUCCGGAUACUGCGACAUAACCCCGGACAUGAUCGCGCACUCAUCAGACAUGCAAUCCAAAGCGCGUGCCUGGAUCCGGCGCGAACUCCGAGUAUUCACAUUCCUGCAAGCAGACUCCUCGGCCUCAUCCCCUGGCAUAGCGACGAGUAGCAAUGCCGAGUUUCUGCUCUCUUACAUUGUGUCCAUCCUGAAAAUGGUGGACUUGAAAGCAAGCCACGGCCAUGCAGAGAAUUUACUAGCAGAGUUCCUCGGCAGAGAGAAUAGCAAGCUCUUCCUACAUGAGUUGAAUUCCUGGUUGAGGAGCCCGUACACCAAGGUAGAGGAGUGGGAUCAAGCAGUGCAGUAUGUGGAAGAUUUGGAGGCACAGAAUUAG